AUGGUUGAUGUUCCUCGCAAUUUUCGCCUUCUGGAAGAAUUGGAAGAAGGGCAGAAGGGGAAAGGUGAUGGAAAUAUCUCUUGGGGACUAGAAGAUGAUAGUGAUAUGACUUUGACCAGAUGGACCGCGUCAAUUAUCGGCCCACCAAGAACGCCGUAUGAGUCCAGAAUUUAUAAUUUGCAAGUUUCUUGUGGCCCAAAUUAUCCAAAGGAGCCGCCAACUGUUCGUUUUGCUACGAAGGUUCAUAUGGUCGGAGUGAACCAAACGAAUGGAAUGGUAUUGACGAAAUCGUGCAACUGCAGAAAACUGUUCUUGCAGAUUGACAAGCGGAAUUUAUCUACUUUGCGCAAUUGGAACGGAAAUUAUAUGAUUAAGAACGUGCUUGAGGAUAUCAGAAAGAACAUGAUGAUGGCCAAGGAAAAUAUGAAACUUCAACAACCGGCGGAAGGCGCCAUGUACUAA